AUGUCGCUCGCAAUUCUGCAUUCUGAUACUACUCAGGCUUUUCAAUCACUUUCCCUCUCGAUUCCUGUGGAUACUGCAAAGUAUAAAAAGAUGUACUUAUUUUUAUCGAAAGUUUUGAAUGUAUCUGACGAGAAUGUUAUUCUAGAGACUGAGGAACAAGGUAGACAGUAUAUCUUGAACAAAGAACCUAUAGAGGUAUUAUCUAGGGUUUAUUUACCGCAUGACACUUGGCUCAAAGGAGAGGUUACGAUCAAAGAUAUAAAAAUAAAAUCCAAUAUGUUAUUAGAGAUCAACAAUAUGAUUGAAAAGGAAUUACCUCGAACAAUUGACGAAGUUGUGCAAAUCGAUGACAACGUUUUAAAUUAUUAUGAAAAACUACUCACUGCGUUUAAAGUGUACGAAAUCCCUUGUAACGAUACUGAAUCACGUCAUAAUUCAAUAGAUGAUUCAUUGAGGGAAGAGGAAGAAGAGGAAGAUACAAGUAUUUAUGAUUCAAAUGAAAUCAGCCGGACUCAGACAAAUGUUUCCACUGCAUCGCUGAAAACAAGACUUUCUAUCUUCAAUGGCUAUUCAAGCAGAAGAAAUUCUUCGAUGUCAACGAAGAAACGAAUUCUGUCCAAUGCCGGUCAAGCAAAUGACAAUGACGUGAAUAGUAUGCUAAAUUCCAGUGGCCCCAUAAAGAAUGAAGAAGAAAGAAAGCAAGGUCUCAAUAAUAUCUUAGCAAAAUCUAGAAUUUAUAAUAAAUUAAAAAAGCAUCGUCUGACGGGCUCGGUGACAUCAAACAUCUCGUCGCCUUCUAGUACGCCAUACAGCAAUAGAAAUAGCAUAGGCACAACUAUGACAAAUAACUCAUAUAAUUCAAAAAGAAGAGGAAGUUCAUCGCUUGCAUCUCCGGAAAUAACUGAAGGUAGGAUAUUAAACAUACCGUCUCCGAAAGAGAAUCAGCCUAUAAUAUUGACCUCUGUUCAAAAGCUGGAGAAUCAAAGGGACAAAUUUGAAUAUUAUUCGCAAAUGAAAAGACUCAAGUUUUUAACGAGAAGAGUUAUAAAGCACUUGGAUCAUUCGCAGGAAUCUUAUGAUUUAGUCAAAAUUCUUGAAUUCGUUAAUAAAUGCGUGGUGAAAUUUAUAUUCAUUGAUAUUAGUCAAAUGAUUAUACUUUACGGCCAGAGGAAGGCUUAUAAUUUCCACCAUAAGCACUAG